GAGAGUAAGUGCUCGAGAAAACGCCCGGCAGCCGGAAACAGCGCGGUAGAUUUACCGCAGUCGCUGGUUUAACUGCAGCGGCGAGCGGUGAUGAUCAUAAACCCGCGAACUGAUGAAAAGCGGCACGACUGAUAUUCAUAUGUGCUCUGACAUCAUCAAGCACGACGGCCAGAAGUGAUGCUGCAAGGACGGACUUCCUCAGUCAAGGACAGCAAGAAGGAUGUGACCUCGCCUGUGGGGGUCGAACUUCCUCGUCUCUUGAGAGGUCCUUAUAAGCCUUCCUACAGCUGUGUCCUCAGCACCCUUACUUCUUCAUCUUUUCUUGUACACCAGUGUGAGAAGAGCGAUGGCGCGGAGUCCUGCAGACAGCGACGGAAAUCAGGAUCCGGCAGUCACGGGAUCCUCCGCCUGGUUCCGUAGCUACAUGCAUGGCGGGACGUCCACCGUCAUCUCCACUCUGGUCAGCUUUCCCGUCUACAAGACGGUGUUCCGCCAGCAGGUGCACAACAUCACGGUCCUAGAGGCGUUGCGACAGCUGUGCGGGGAGGGGCCUCUAAAGCUGUACCGAGGCAUAGCUCCACCCCUGCUGAUGAAGACCCUCAAUGGGACCCUCCUUUUUGGCCUCCAGGACACUAUCCUACAGCAGCUUCUCUGGACUGGCUCAGUCUUACCUAGGAAUGCCCUUCCGGCCCUGGCCGGGCUCGGGGUGGGUGUGGUUGAGGCUCUGAUUUUCACCCCCUUCGAGCGCGUGCAGAACAUCCUGCAGAAUAGCAGCAAUGACCGCAGCCUGCCCACCCUCAGGAGAAUCCUGGUCCGACUAAGCUCUGAAACGUUAGCCUCUGGCUUUUACCGAGCCUUCCUGCCCAUACUUGCCCGCAAUGCCUUAGGAAACACCAUCUACUUCGGCCUGAAGGAUCCCGUGUCCAGUGCCUUUAAGGAGCGUGGCCUUUCCCCCAUAGCGUCCUCCUUCCUCUCUGGCGUGGUCAACUCUAUGUUGAUCAGCCUGUCUGUGUAUCCUCUGUCCGUGCUGGUCGCCAACAUGCAGGCCCAGGUUGGUGGAGAGAGUCUGGGGCUGAGGGUCUGUUGGCAGCAGCUGUGGAAGGCCAGGCAGUUCCGUCUGGCCCAGCUGUAUCGCGGAGGCUCACUGGUCAUCCUCCGCUCCUGCAUUACCUGGGGCAUCACCACGGCCAUAUAUGACCAGCUGAAGAGCUCAAGAUGAUCAGGUUUCAGGGAUUAGUCAAUAUUGAUCUGUACCAAAAAUCAGAUUCCACAGAUGAGCAUGUAUCUGCCCUAUACUGUGCUUCUGUAUCUCUUUAUAUUUUAGCGCUGUACAAAGUGGUGCGUUGAUCUGAAGGUGGCGGAAUAAUUAAUAAUAAUUUCAUGUUUGUGAUGUCAUUUCUGGAGGGUGAGACGAUCCGUUUCUAAACCAGGAUCACGAAAACCAACAGUAUUGCUUACACACUGUGACGAGCACUCGUGCCAUUUUAAAGGGUUUAUGGAGGAAUACAGUUGUGCUCAUUAUUUAUUUGCAUGUCAACGAUAAUGAUGACAAUUUUUAAUAAUACCUUCUGGCCCAAGUCCGUUUUCUACCUCGUGGAAAGGAGAUUCAGAGGAUUGUGUAGUAAAACCUUGCCUGGUGUCUAACAGAGGAAAAGUAUUCCUAAUUAAAACCUCGGGACGAUUUAAAGCCUAAAUAUCUCAGUGUUAUACUAUCGAUUUUUCUCCCAGCUCUAAGCUGCUGAUACGGGAAAAUUGUGUACAUUUCAUAAAGUUGAAAUUUCCCAGUUAUCAGUUUCUGCCAGGUGUUCUCCGAGGAUCUGCUCGUGUCCUGCGGCUCCGGCUGUACUUCAGGCUUUAUCUGUGCGCGUAUGAAUGAUUAUGGCAGUGGGAAUACUGGUUACAUGAAUGCUGGACGUUUUGUUGUUUGCUUUAUCAGGUGAAAAAAAUUCCUCGUCUGUGUGAAUAAGAUGAAAUGUGUCACGACCGUGACGCCUCAGUGGAAGUGGCUUUGCUUGAAUCUGAUUUACAGUGAAAAAUAAAUAUUAAAGCACUUUUAUUAUGUUUUUUAAAACCUCAUUAGUUUGUUCCUUAUUUAAAUGUUAUUAUUUCGAGUAUUUAUUUGAUCAAUGUGUCUGCUGUCACCCCCUGAUCUGAGUGUCAGCACCUCCUCCUACUUGCUGUCCCACCCAGAACAGGAUUUGUUGUUGCCCCGUCUUUUUUUCACUUAUUGCAUUUUUGUGAAGCAAAAUAAAUCAAAUACAAACA